ACGCUAUUCUAUACUAACCAGAAAGGAAUGCCAUUUGAAACGUAAACAAACACGAAACAGCAUAAAGAAGACAUGAGAGUAGCAUAAAUGAACAUGGAACAACUGUGGCUUGAACAUGAUUUGAGUGAAGAAUGGAUUCCAAGGUCGAAUUCCGAUGAUUCAGACUCCAAAGAGGAAAUACAGUCUUCUCCAAAUGCCACAAACACAAACUCAUCCAAGAAGGUAUCUACUGCUCCUUCCAGUGAUCCAGGUACCUUUAAGAAAGGAUCCGAAUCUUCUUUAGAUAUUCCGCAAUGGAAACAGAUUAAUGCAAAGAAUCCAGUUGCUCGUGACAUUUUUGCAAAACUAGAUUUAGAAAAUCUGUUUGAUGGAGGCGGUAGUUCAAGGAAUCAUUCUAGCUCAUCACAAAAGCGACCAGAUUCUUCUUCCAAUCCAAUUCCUUCGAGCUCUCCUAUUCCAUCCAUCUCCUCUGAACCUUCAAGAAGCUAUCAUGCCAAAUCUCUGCCCAGACAUUCGUUCUCUUCACAAUCAAGGCAGUCGCCUACUUUUUUGAACAGCUCGCCCCCAACAACAAGCUCUCGUCCCGAUACAGUUUCUGAUUCAAGCCCACCUCAUUCUCAAAAGUCUUCGUCAUCUCCAAAGAAAGAUUCUUCUCGGUCUUCUUCUAGAAAACGACAUUCUUCCGUGACAAACUCCUCAAAAUCAUCUUCUCCUUCUUCGAUGGUUUCAUCUCCCUCUGUCCAGAAAGGUAACUCUUCCCCCUUAAAACUUUUCCAAGGUGCUAGUGAUCCUUUUACCCGUGAACAUUUGAAUCAACUUGCUCAGGAUGUCAAAUCAAACUCUUUUGAGUCCCCUGCAGAGGACUCAUUUCCGUUGCCUAGCUCUAGACGGGUUUCCAAGCCUGUGCGCACAACUGAGCGGAAAGCUGGGCUUAAUACCAAGGACUUAUACCAAGAGGUAGAAGAGGUUAUGGCAAAGUUACGGGGUCGAAUACCAGCAGCAAGUCGUGAGUCUACUGUUUUCCUUCCUAGAAAACUAAGUGGUCUUCAGGAGGAGGAGGAACAAAAUGAAGCCAGUGAAUUUAGCAAAGAUGAUAGCUCUAAUCCUUUCCCUUCCCUUAGUGAUCAACUCCACUUGCGCGAGUUGGAAAAAAAGCAAAAGAUUUUGAAUUUACACCAAAACCAGUCAGAAACAGCGUCAAAUUUUUCACCACCUUCUUUAGUUCAGUCGUCUGCUGGAACAAAAAGCGAAAAGCAAACUUCCUAUGCAUCUUCUGAGGAUCGUUUGAAAGAUUCUUAUAAAUCACGUAGUCAAAAAACGCGAAAUGACAGCAAAAAUCAACAAGACAUAAAAGCUCAUUCAGAAAAUCCAAACAUGGUUGUAAUUACCCCAGCAGACUUACCGGAUGGCAUCAAUACGACUCAAGGUUCAAUGGAAUAUGACCGUGUGCACAACCGCUGGCGCCGUCGUGGUCAUGACUCUGAUAUAGCUUUUGAUUUCGGAUCCGAAGGAGAGGAUGAUGGGUUCUCCUCUAAUCUGACGGUCUCCUACAAAGCCGCUGAAGAUUCUAGUCCUCCUUCGAAUCAACGCCCAAAUUUUCAAAAAAAGCAGCCAAACUCUUUUCCAAUGAGGAAAGAAACUAAUAAAGAUCUUAAGCAUUCUUCAUUCUCUCUUCGUGAUGUUUCCAAUACUCCUUCUCAAGUUGCUUUUUCCUUCCAGGAUUUCCUACCAAAGGACAAUAGCCAUGACAACUUCAAUCAUUUGCUAGCCAACAAUUCUUCCGACUUUCCUGCCGAUGGACCAACAUCUACUUUUAAUUCCCCUGAUAAAACUCAUGACGACCAAGCAAUGGAUGAAGAUUACAGUUUUUCUGUGUCAAAGCAAUCUAUCACUCGUUUACUUGAAGACGUGGAGCCUUACCAUCCAUUUUGGAAAAGGAUUAUUCAGUUAGACAUAAGUAGGAGGGAUUUAAACUCUUUAAUUGGGCUUUCUGAGCAAUGCCCGUGCCUUGAAGACCUUAAUAUAGAGAGUAAUGAGUUAUCCUAUUUGACUGGAUGUCCUUCUUCAAUUCGAAAUUUGAAUGCUGUUAAUAAUCACUUGUCCAGCCUUACCACUUUUUCACACUUGAUUAAUCUCCAAUAUUUAGAUUUGUCGUCUAAUCAGUUGGAAGACCUAACAGCUCUCUCUCCUUUGAUCCACUUGCGUGAACUAAAUGUUGAUAACAAUCAACUAUGGAACAUUGACGGAAUAUUACGUUUAGACGGACUUCUUAAACUAAGCGCUCGUGGAAAUCGCUUUAGACAUCUCUCUUUCACAAACUCCAAUUUAAAUAGACUGGAGGAAUUGCUUUUAGGCAACAGUGCAUUAGAAAGCAUCGAAGAAAUUAGCUCCCUUCAAAAUUUAAUGGUAUUACAGUUGGAUGGCAAUCAACUUACAACUUUACAAGCUAGCCAGCCGAUGAUUCAUCUUCGCGUUUUGCGUCUAAAUAACAAUGCGAUCCAACAUUUGGAGGUAGAUCAAUACCCAAAUUUGCGGACAUUGUAUAUGGAUUACAACUGCUUUACGACGAUUCCCGACAUUUAUCGGCUUAAGCGUUUAGUCAAUUUUUCUUUCCGAUCGCAAGAAUUGAAAUCUGGUAAAUAUACGUUUACUCCUCCUUUAGACAUAAGGAAUUUGUACUUGUCAAACAAUACCCGUAUGAUACUACAGACCCAUAAUAUGUUACUAGGAAUCAAAUAUUUGGAGUUGGCGAAUAUUCAAAUAACAGAGUUACCCGCCGAUUUUGCAAAGAGCUUGCCCAAUCUUCGAGUUUUAGAUUUGUCUCACAAUUAUAUAAGUGAAAUUUCUGCUUUAAAGGGGUUUUCAUUGUUACACCGUUUGUACCUUGUCGGUAACAGAAUUGAGAAAAUGAAGAAUGUAUGCGAUACACUGUCCCACUUGAAAAAGUUGACUCAUCUUGAUUUACGCAUGAAUCCUUUAACGUUUAGCAUUUAUCCAAUGAUUGAUGACCCCGUGUAUGAACUGUCUGCUGCUUCUAAAUACCAUCAGAAUUUUGGCCAACCUUCCCAAAGGACAGUUAGACAUCCCGGACAGAAGUGGGCUGAAAAAGACAGUGCAUUCAUUAAAACGAUGUCAGAUUCAGGAAAAAGCCGCCGCAAAAUGUAUACCGAAGCAAUCACCCUGUCCUGUUCUCGCCUGGAAUGGCUAGAUGGACUGGAAUUUGAACUCAAUGGAAACGACACUUCUAUAUUACAUUCUGUGCUUCAUGAGAUAAAAUAAUUUACAAGGAAAGCUUUUGUUUUUUGGUUAAUGAACGUUAUACAUUAAUAUAUUACGAUCUAAACUUUUGUACUCUAUUUAAAUACGCACAACCACAUAAUUUUAUGGACGAU